AUGUCUCGGAGCCAAAAUCAGGACGGAGAGGAGGCGACUGGCCGCGUUUCCCCGCGUGCUGUUCUGAGGACAAAAACGGCGUUUCAAAUCUACAAGGACGAUGGCGCACAAGGGAAUGCCAGUGACUUCAGUACGCUUCCCAAUGACGAGGUGCUGCCGUACAAGAUACAAGCCGACGAAAUGACUCUGAUGGGGGCCCUUGAAAUUGUCGAGGCAGACCCCGCGGACCGAAGGAUGUAUGGACCCGCCACCCUGCACCUGGUGGUUAACUACUUGUCCGACAUUCUCUCCUUUAUCCCACUGGGGGGCCGUUCGCACGAGUUGCCGACAGUCGCCAUAAACUACAACGCCCUUCAGCGUGUCGUGGCCCUGUACGGGGUCCCAGAAUCGGUGAAGGACGCACUCGUGCAGCUCGCCGCAACAAAUCUCAGCGCCUCCGAGGUGCCUAUUCGUGACAUUUCAUCAUUGCUGGACAAAUUUAGCGACACUGAAAAGGCCCUGCGGCAUGAAAUGCGUGACGCGGGGGAAAAGGUUGGGAUAUUUACAAGAUCCACCGUCCCUGCCUCGACGUUGGCGUCAACAGGCGAGACGACCAUCAAUGAUGUUGUCGCCCCUGCAGCGACCUCACAGAAACUCCCGCGGAAGCGCCGGGCCUCCUCGCGGGAUGAAAUAUUGCCCGCAAGAAAAACAGAGGAGGCCGACACGGCGCCACAAAUUAAGGUGAUGAAAAUGGAAGGGCAUGAGAAGGCACCCAGUAAUGCGAAGAAUAACAAUUCGCAGUUCACAUUGCAGCGACUGAUGUAUGGCCGCCUGCGGACGCUGACAAGUCAAGAGAAGAAGGUUGUCACACUCCUGAAUCAAAUGACUCAGGUUCUUGGUCAGGUUUAUGCGGUACGGUACAAUAACCUGCUGCCUAUAUUUGAACUUCUUGAAAAUAGGGUGAAACAGGCACAAGAAAUCAUCGAUGUGGAGCGUGCCAACAUUCAGUCUAAAUCCGAAAACACCGAGUUAUCGCCUGAGCCGUUUUUGGAAGUGAAACUGGAUGGCAUUUUGCGGGCGAUUCAAAAUGCUUCUUAUCAGUUUAAAACCGAUGAGGAAUGCCGCUAUGAAUUGGAUGAGGAUUUACUUCACCCCAUUGCACACGCCUGCAUGACAGAAGUUAACCGCAUUGAGGGAUUCACCACGGUGCCUUUUGAGGGUCCAUCCAACCAGACAAUUAAAGCCAAGGCCAAGGCACGCGAAGCCGCGCGAGCAAAGCGGGAGGAGCAACGUGCAAAGGCUCUUGAGCGGGCAAAGGCUAGGGAAGAAUUACAAGCAAAGAGAGAGGAGGAGCGAAAGCUACUACGUGCCCACCUGGGUGAAUUGGACCCGACGAGCCUCGUGGAGGACAUGAGUAUCAAAAACCCCAUUCA